AUGGCCUUCGACAAACGAACAUCAUCCCCCACCGUCUUCGAACAACAACGCGAAGAACUCGUUCGGGAAAUCGCAGUAGGCAUGGAACAAGUUCUCCAAAACAUCAACCGGCUGAAUCGGAACCUGGAGAGUGUGAUUGCCGUCGGGAACGAGUUCGGCUCCGUCGAGGCCCUCUGGUCUCAAUUCGAGAAUUUCAUGGGCCGUCCGGAUGCCCAAGGAACAGAAGGGAACGCACCGGGCCAAGGUCAAGAGGAGGCCGGGCAGAGUCACAGCCCGAGUCACAGCCAAGAUAUGAGUUACGAAGAGGAGGAUACGGUUACGAAAUAA